GCUUGGGGAGGGGGGCGGUUCUUGCAUCCGAUCUGGGUUGUGUCGGACCCGCGGUGGAGGAUCGAUCACCGCUUAGCGUCACCGCAGCGGAAACCUCGACGUUCGCCAUUUUCCGGUUCUUUCGUCAUUUCUCCAAGACACCGUGAUUCUCCCCUUCUAUAUAAUCCCGCAGCAGUGGUGGCCAUGGGCGAUGGGCAGAAGUUGAGGUCAACUGUGGCGGACAAUGUCUUUCCAACAAAGUGAAACGGUGCCCGUUCCGGCUCAAUCCUCCCUAUCUUUCACUCAGGGAUUCUUGCUUGGGCAGCUGUCCGUGGUGCUGUUGAUCGGAGCUUUCAUCAAGUUCUUCAUUUUCGGCGAAGCACCUCCGCCGCCCUCCCGCGGCCUUUCACAUCGAGCGUCUACCCAUCGGCGUUCCAAUUCUAUCUACACAAUCAACCCCAAUGAGGCAAAUAAUAACCGUUCAUUGAGAGAGAAGCCGUCGAACUCGAAUGUUCUCCGUCCGGUGCCUUCUUCCUCGACGAAUACCCGCUCAAUCCUCCGCAAAACCUACUACAGCGCCAUUCCUACAAAUCCCUCGAAACAUGGCAGGCAUAAGAUUCAUCACUCGUCGCAUCAGCCGGAGUCUCUUGACUGGUUCAAUGUGUUGAUCGCGCAGACUAUUGCUCAGUACAGACAGACAGCGUACUUGUUGAAGGACUCUCCGACGUCGUCGAUCCUCAGCUCGCUCAAUGCGGCUCUCAACAAUCCCGAGAAAAAGCCGUCUUUCAUAGACAAAAUCAACGUCACGGAUAUCUCGCUUGGUGAGGAAUUCCCCAUCUUCAGCAACUGCCGUAUCAUUGCUGUCGAUGACCCCAAUUCCGAUGGUGGGAGACUCCAGGCCUUGAUGGACGUCGACUUGAGCGACGACAACUUGUCGAUCGCCAUCGAAACUUCCUUGCUGCUCAACUAUCCUAAGCCAUGCUCGGCGAUUCUUCCCGUGGCACUGUCGGUUUCUGUUGUUCGUUUUUCGGGCACAUUAUGUAUCUCUCUUGUUCCCGCAUCCACCCCUCCCCUCCACACCCCCUCUCCAUCCCCAUCCCCUCCCACCGCUGAUGGGAACCCACGCGGCAAGACAACCGGGGACGCCAACGCACGUGCGGCCGACGAGGAAGCCGACGGUCUUCCACCGAAGACCGGGAGCCCGAAGAGCAAUGUUGCUUUCUCCUUCCUUCCGGAUUACCGGCUGGACCUCUCGGUUCGAUCCCUCAUCGGCUCCCGGAGCAGGCUUCAAGACGUGCCUAAGGUGGCUCAGCUAGUGGAAGCUCGUGUGCACGCGUGGUUCGAGGAGCGAGUGGUCGAGCCCCGAGUGCAAGUAGUCGGGCUGCCCGAUCUAUGGCCGCGCAUGGGACGGACGGGUGUCCGCACCGGUGACGACUCGGAAACCGGCUCGAACGCGGCAUCUCGGAGUGCCAUGUCCGCCGAUCUUGGUGACCACCACUUAGGGGAUCGAGAACCCGAGGGACUACGGUUCCGCGGUGGACUUGCCUCGCGGCCUCAAUUCGACAGUGUGUCGCGCACCAGCAGCUACAACGUCGAGACAGGGGACUUGCGCAGUCCCAGCUUGAUCCGAGAAGAGAGUUCAGGUGCGCUUAGCGAACAAUUUCAAAUGCCUGGCUCGUUGUCGGGCGCGGCUGCUCGCUGAGCCAGCUACCUUCCUUUGGUUACGUGUACCAUAGAUAACUACGAGUCUUGAAGAAAAAGUAUCCGACCUACAUAACGAACGGAGUUAGGU